UAUUGCAAUAAAUAUUGCAAACACAAGAGCUAUAAAAUAAACACGCUGGGCUUGUUUUUCUGAACCAGAUCGCAUUUAAAAUUUUGAAAAAUGGCAGGUUUAAGUUCAUUUUUGCACACUUUACAGAAAGAAACUGUUCAGCAUAAUUUAUAAGACUGGUGUUAGUUUAUUCCUUUACAGAGCUCUUCACAAACUGGUUGUUUUCCAGCUGACAGGUAAAAGCUGUAGCUAGUUAGCUAAGCUGAUCUAACUUACUGCUCCUAUCUGUGUAAAUUCCAAGCUAGUUAUCUUGCUAAGUUCACACCACUUGAGUGGCACUGCUGAGGUAGCAUUUUUGAGAUAUUAAUGUCAUCCCGAUCCAUGUCCUCUCCAGUUCCUGUUUUUUUCCAUUACGAAUACACAAGCAGGAGACUUUACAAAGCUGAAUAUUAAGCUGCUGAAAGAAAGAAGGAAAUAUGGCAUCCAGAAGAAUCUCCAAAACUACUACAGCAUGCGGAAAUGUGGAGAAGAGUACAGGCAAGGACAAAACCCAUCACUGCUCAGACUGUGGGAAGAGUUUUAUUGCAAAGAGUCAUCUCCAGCGACACCAGCGCAUUCACACUGGAGACAAACCGUAUCACUGCACAGACUGUGGGAAGAGCUUUACUCAACAGAGAAGUCUUAAACAAUACCAGUUAAUUCACACUGGAGACAAGCCCUAUCACUGCUCGGAAUGUGGGAAAAGCUUUACUAGACAGAUUGGCCUCAAAAAACACCAGCACAUUCACACUGGAGAGAGACCAUAUCACUGCAUGAACUGUGGGAGGAGCUUUACUCAACAGAGUGGUCUUAAACAACACCAGUUAAUUCACACUGGAGAGAAACCGUAUCACUGUUCAGAGUGUGGCAAGAGCUUUAAUCUUCAGAGUAACCUCAAAAAACACCAGCGCAUUCACACUGGAGAGAAACCGUUUCACUGCUCAGACUGUGGCAUGAGCUUUAAUCAACAGAGUAACCUCAAGAAACACCAGCGCAUUCACACUGGAGACAAACCGUAUCACUGCCCAGAGUGUGGGAAGAGCUUUACUCAAAAGAGAAGUCUUAAACAACACCAGUUAAUUCACACUGGAGACAAGCCCUAUCACUGCUCGGAAUGUGGAAAGUGUUUCACCAGACAGAUUGGCCUCAAAAAACACCAGCACAUUCACACUGGAGAGAGACCAUAUCACUGCAUGAACUGUGGGAGGAGCUUUACUCAACAGAGUGGUCUUAAACAACACCAGUUAAUUCACACUGGAGAGAAACCAUAUCACUGCUCAGACUGUGGCAAGAGCUUUAAUCAACAGAGUAACCUUAAGAAACACCAGCGCAUUCACACUGGAGAGAAACCGUUUCACUGCUCAGACUGUGGCAUGAGCUUUAAUCUUCAGAGUAACCUCAAAAAACACCAGCGCAUUCACACUGGAGAGAAACCCUAUCACUGCCCAGAGUGUGGCAAGAGUUUUACUCAACAGAGUGGUCUCAAAGAACACCAGCUCAUUCAUACAGAGGAAAAACCGUAUCAAUGCUCAGACUGUGGGAAGAGUUUCACCAAAAAGGGUCUUCUCCAGCAACACCAGCACAUUCACACUGGAGUAAAACCAUAUUACUGCUCAGAGUGUGGGAAGAGUUUUACUGGAAUGAGUAGCAUUCGAAGACACCAACUUAUUCACAUUGGAGAGAAACCGUAUCACUGCUCACAGUGUGGCAAGAGCUUUAAUCAACAGAGUAUUCUUAAAACACAUCAGCGCAUUCACACUGGAAAGAAACCGUAUCACUGCUCAGAGUGUGGCAAAAGCUUUAAUCGACAGAGUAUUCUUAAAACACAUCAGCGCAUUCACACUGGAGAGAAACCGUAUCACUGCUCAGAGUGUGGCAAAAGCUUUAAUCGUCAGAGUAACCUCAAAAGGCACCAGCGCAUUCACACGGGAGAAAAAACGUAUCACUGCUCACAGUGUGGCAAAAGCUUUAAUCGACAGAGUAACCUCAAAACACACCAGCGCAUUCACACUGGAGUAAAACCAAAUGAGCAACCAUCUUGUUCUGGAUGAACUGAUCUAUUAUCAAUUAUCAAAUGUGGUAUAUUAUUCAAAUACUGUAUCAUCCUGUUCCUCUGGAGUGCACCUCACUGCUCACAGACAAAUUUUCCAUAAUGCACAUUCCGGUCAUGUGACUACUACCUCCACCAGUCAGAACUUAUCCGCUCACAGUCACCUGAGUACUGAUUUAGCACACCUGUAUAUAAGUUUAUUUAAGCAAAAGUUCCUUGUAAUGAAUUGUAUUGGUUUUAACAGUGUACACAGAGUGUUUAUUUGGUUGUUUCUGAUUCUAUUACCGUUACUAACCUUUUCUUGAUUUGGUUUAGUUUUUUGCUUUUCUCAUUUUCGGAUAGGUUUGCCUGAUUGUCAGCUACCUGGUUUAAAGUCUGUUUAUUGUUAACUCAUUAAAUAUAGAUUCACUUUAUUGUUAUGAACUUCUACUGGCUUUAUGAGUUUUCUUUUGGAUUGCUUCUUUUGUAGUAACCCUCACAGUUUUUUAAAUCUUUUUUAGUAUAUUAUUGUUAAUAUAGUGGUGAAAAUAAAUAUUUAGUAAAGAA